AUGGAGGAGCGGGCGCAGGAGGUGCCGGCAGCCCAGCGCACAGGAGGCCACCACCCCGUGCAGGAAGGAGAAGUGUUCAACACGCGAUACCAGGCUCUGCGCAAGCUGGGCUGUGGCGCCUUUGCCACCGUCUGGCUGUGCCAGGACAUGAGGAGGAAGAAACACGUAGCCCUGAAGGUCCUGAAAAGCAGGGAGAGCUCUGCUGAGGCUGCCCAGGAUGAGGUCGCUCUUCUCCGCUGUGUGAGCAGUAUGAAGAAGAAGGACCGGGCAGGAGAAAACAUUGUCUGUUUGUUAGAUGACUUCAGAAUGAUUGGAGAGAAUGGUUUCCAUGUGUGCUUGGUAUUUGAGGCGCUGGGUCCUUCCCUGCGAUGUCUGAUGGGAAACUACACGGCCCGGGGACUGCCUUUGCCUUUUGUGAAAAAGUCGUUACAGCAGGUGCUGGCAGGGCUGCACUUCCUCCACCAGCGCUGCCGCAUCAUCCACGCUGACAUCAAACCGGAGAACGUCUUGCUGUGUGGACGUGACAAAAGCCUCCAAAGGCUUCUGGCUGAUAUGCUCGACUGCAGCCAGAGAACAGAUUUGAGGCUGAAGGGACAAGGUGAUGACCUUGGCAAUCAAUUGGAAGAAUCCGAUUUAAUGAGCAUAGAAGUAAAAAUUGCAGACCUGGGCAGCGCGUGCUGGACAUACAAGCCUUUUUCCAAGGAGAUACAGACCCAGCCAUACCGGGCCCUGGAAGUGCUUCUUGGAUUAGACUACGGCACUCCUGCGGAUAUCUGGAGCACCGGCUGCCUGGCAUUUGAAAUGGCAACUGGGGAAUGUCUAUUUGAUCCUCAACCUGGGAAAUAUUUCUCCAGAGAUGACGAUCACGUUGCUCGUAUUAUUGAACUCCUGGGAAGAAUUCCUCCUCAAAUUGCAUUCUCCUGGAAGAAGGCAACAAAAUUUUUCAGCAGGCCAGGUGCUCUCCUGCGGAUCUCCAGGCUUUCCCCCCGCAGUCUCCACAGCAUCCUGCUGGACAGACACCACUGGGCAAAACACCAGGUUCCUCCCUUCGCCAGCUUCCUCCUGCCCGCCCUGCAGUACGCACCCGAGCGCCGCGCCACAGCCGCACAGUGCCUGCAGCACGCCUGGCUCAGCAGCGACCCGUGA